AUGCUCCUAUCAGUGGUUCCAGUUCGCCCUAAUGUUAACUUGGCUGAUGAUUUCACGAAUCCUCCUUGCUUGCAAGCUUUGCAAUGCCCGGAUCCGUUUGUUGUCAAGAACAGACUCAAAGAAACUAAAGACAGAUUAAUCUUCAAGGCCAUCGAAUGGGUUCUCCGAAACCCACAAUACUGCCGCUGGCAAAAUGGAGAUGAUGUUCGCCUUCUCUGGAUCAGGGGCGGUGCUGGCAAAGGGAAGACAAUGAUGUCCAUUGGCCUGGUGGAGCAAUUCUCGCAAGAUGAUUCUUCUAUCAUCACAUAUUUCUUCUGCCAGGAGACAGAUUAUCAGCUUAAUACCAUGGAAGGUAUCAUCAAGGGGCUCAUCCAACAAUUGAUAAGGCAGCGAAAAGAUCUUAUAGAGUUUCUUCGAUGCCGUUGGGAUCCAGCCGAAGCAUCUUUCACAGAGAACAUGUCUUCCUGGCGACGGCUCUGGGAUAUUUUAUUAGAAAUGAUAAAUCAUUGUCGCCACCAGAGAGUGUAUGUGGUCGUGGAUGCUCUUGAUGAGUGUCACAACGGAAGGAUGGGUGACCUUUUGAAGCUUAUUGUUAGAACUGGACUCGACAAUCCGAAUGUUAGAUGGCUAUUGACAAGUCGGCCUUUGGAUGAUGCUGAUCGGGAACUCUUGAAUACCACCCAAGAAGUUGGAAUUGCUCUGGAGCUCCACUAUGACCACCUUGAGGCAGCUAUCACAACAUACAUCCGACAUAAAGUUCGUGAACUUUAUCCAAUUCACCGUUAUGAACGGAAAAUUCCGCAGGUUAUAGAGACUGAACUCCUAGAAAGGGCGGAGGGAACCUUUCUAUGGGUCAGCCUGGUCUGCAAAAGACUUGAGAGCGAUGGAAACGGUGCACGAAUCCCUCCGGACGAGGCAGUAUCAGUGAUCCAGGAGUUUCCACCAGGCCUGCAAUCCCUGUAUGAAAGAAUGUUUGAACAGUUACUACAAGGAAAGCCAACAACUACCAGAGCCUGCCUGCGACUCCUUAAGGUCAUGACCAUCGUCUAUCGACCACUGAAUAGGGCGGAAGUGUUUACGGUGACAGGUUUGCCAGAGAGAGAGGUCCUGGCAGGCGAAAACAUUGUGGCCCGAUGCGCGUCGUUUAUUAAAAUACGAGGCGUUGCCGUUGAAUUUGUUCAUCAAUCAUCCCGGGACUUUUUAAUUGGGACAUCUCUAUUGAGCUCACGGGACCCAUAUGGGCAUGCAGAUAUCGCGCUGGGCUGUUUAUCUUACAUGUCAACAGUCCUAAAACCUAACCUGAUCGACCUGCCGCGGCCUAGUUCAGGUAGAGACCCGGCACGUCCAGCAGAGCGGAUUAGUAAUGGGAAGUCUACUAUCCUAGAUACCCUAGACUACGCUGCCACUCUAUGGGCAGAACACCUUAAAGCUGCUAGUGGAAGCGGCCUUAAGCAGGAAGCUCUUAGUAAGGGUGGCCAGGCCCUGAGAUUUGUCAAAGAAAAGCUAUUAGAAUGGCUUGAGUGCCUGAGCAUUCUGGGUCAACUGUCACGAGCCAUGGGGGUGCUAAGAACUUUAGAAGACCUUGCGGAGAACCCACCAUUGCAAGAUUCUGUCUAUGAUGCGCGGCGCUUCCUGCUUCGCCAUUAUCGGACAAUAUUGAUUUCCCCACACCAGGUGUAUAGCUCUGGGAUUGUCCUGAGUCCUCAAAGGAGCCUAGUCAGAGCAGCGCAUAAUCUUAAGAAAGUCCCUAAUUGGGUAAAGCAAAUUCCUUGCUUAGAAACCACCUGGGCGCCGCUAAUACAUACCUUCACUGGCCACUCCAGCUUUGUGACAGUCGUGUCGUUCUCUCCCAACGGAAGGCAAAUUGCUUCGGGCUCCUGGGAUGGAACCAUCUGUCUGUGGGACAGGAGCACGGGCGAGCACAAUAAAUUGAUUGGUCAUUCUGAUAUUGUAACGGAUAUUGUUUACUCUCCCGAUUCCCGGCAGAUAGCUUCAGGAUGUAAUGACGGAACGAUCAGGCUCUGGGAUUUGAGCACGGGUGAGCACCGAAGUAUGACUGGCCCAGCGCGUUUACGUGGGCAGAUUUCAUUCUCGCACGAUGGAAAGCAGCUUGCAAUGCCUUAUGGCAAUGGAAACAUCAGGCUGAUAUGGGACAGACGCAGUGGAAAGAACCAAGACAUACGGCACGGCCAAGAUAAAGCAUUAAGGACUAUGGUCUUCUCUUCAGAUGGCAAGUGGAUUGGUGCAACGUUGGUUGACAAAAGUAUCAUGCUAUGGGAUUCAGACACUGGGAUUCACCAGUGCACUCUGGUCGGACACUCCGAUAAGAUAACAGGAAUACUGUUCUCACCCGACAACCAGCAGGUUGCUUCAUCGUCCUGGGAUAAUACUAUCAGGCUAUGGAACACGAUCACAGGCGAACAACAGAAAAUACUGGUUGGUCAUUCUAACUGGGUGGAGAGCAUAGCAUAUUCACCAGAUGGAAAGCAGGUUGUGUCAGGGUCGAAUGACAGUACUGUGAAGUUGUGGGAUGCCAGUAUAGAUCGACAACAGGAAACAUUGACAAGCCACUCUGACCGGUUAUUCGAUAUAGCCUUCUCGCCAGACGGCCAGUUUGUCGCGUCCACAUCUUACGAUGGAACCACCAUGAUAUGGGAUGCUACCACAGGAAACCACAAGAAGACAUUAACUGGCCACUCGGGUAUGGUAGUGGCUGUGGUGUUCUCCCACAAGCACCUCGCUUCAGCAUCCUUCGAUAAGACAGUUAGAAUAUGGGAUGCGAGCACUGGCGAACAUCACACAACAUUGAUUGGCCAUUCUGGGGUAGUGGUAGAGGUGGUGUUUUCCCCGGAUGGGGGACAGAUUGCUUCCGCAUCCCAGGAUAAAACUCUCAGGCUUUGGGACCCGGUAACCGGUAGACAUCAGAGGACAUUCAAAGGCCAUUCUGCCCCGCUGUCGAAUGUGGCAUUCUCCCCAGAUGGUAGGUAUAUUGCCUCCUCAUCCAUGGAUAAAACAGUCAGACUGUGGGAUGUUAGGACUGGUGCCCACUGGAAGACACUAGAACAUAGUGGGCAAGUGACAACAGUAGCGUUCUCACCCGACGGCAAGCAGAUCGCUACAGGGUCCUCUGACAGGACAAUCAAGCUGUGGGACGUUGAUGCUUGUCUACAAGCAGGAAAGCUUCUCGGACCUUCCAUGGGUGCCCUUCGCAAAUUUCGCAAAUGGAAGCUCAAAAUAGUCACGCCUCAGAACAUCAAGAGCUUGAAGUUCUCAGCAGACGGCAAAUUCCUUCAGACAAACCUCGGUCUCCUCAAGGUUGGCGAAACCAGCUCGCAUGGCGGACUUUCAGUUGAACAUAACUGGAUAUACUACGGAGCCUCACCAGUAUUUCGAAUACAGGAAGAUCUAUUUGCGUGGUGUUAUGAUGUGCUAGGAGACCGCAUUGCUAUUGGAUUUGCGAAUGGCCGGGUUCUAUGCCUCGAGUUUGAUUGUAAGGUGUUGGAGAAAUUACUGGGAUCUUCUUGA